CACUUUUUUGCUAAUGGCUUUUAAGGUUAUCCAUGCUAUACAAAAUGGCAGCGUUAUGGCAGUAUUAUUCUUUUAACAGAAUUAAAAUAAAAUACAGAUGUAAUUACACUUUUUCGAGAAUAGUUAUGGAUGCUGAUAAUAUUUUCUUUUAUGGCAGUUCAGGCACACUAUUAAUAUGUCAGGUCAUCCUUUGGUCUUAUUUAAUGACUGAUUUUCACAUGUACUCUACAAUUGUUCUUUUUCCGAUUUUUUUUAGGAAAGCACUUUCACUUGCUCUCAUGGUUGCAGUCACAUUGAGUAAGAAGACAACUGGGGUGCUGAGAUAAUCAGCUAGUGGCCUGGUUAAAUAGGGCUUAGUAAUGAGGAGUGUGUUUUUAAUAAGAACUUAAAGAGCUUGUAGCGCAAAGGCCAGGCUUCAGGGAGAGGAGACAUAGAGGAACAAAGCAUAUGAUUGUGCAUUAGCACUCACACACUUUAUGAUCGUAUAGCUUUUCUUGUAAAACGGUCAUUAGGAGCAUCUCUUCUCUUUCCCUGGACACAGAGAGACUUCAGAGGAGGACGUGGUUCUCUUUCAGCUCUGGGCUCAGGCUUUGAUGCAGAUCACCUGAUCAGUUUUACUAGAGCAGAUCCUGAUUCACCUUCAACACUAUUAGGAAAACACCUUGCUGAUGACAGUUAGAUUGGACACGGGUUGCCCCUGCUGUGGCAGGCGUCUCAUCUCACGGUUCUUCUCGGUUUCUCGACCAUUUGAGGAUUAUAUGCUGUAAAUAUUCCAUUUUUGUCUUGAAACCUCAUUUGAAAUCUCAUUCCUUGGCCGUCACCUGCCAGUGCUGAGACUGAGGCAGAAGAUCCCAAGAUGAGUGUCAAAAAGGAAGACGUGGAGAAGUUUCUGGAUGGAAAUCCAGAUUUUGCCAGGAGCUAUUUUGACAAAAAGCUCAAACCUGGGGCCGUGGCCUCCAUCAUGCGAAUACCAGAGUCUAAAGUGGAUAUGGACAGUUUUAAGGACAUAUGCUCGAUAGAGGAGGGAGCGAUAUUCUACGAUCUCAUUACAGACAUGCAGGAGAACGUCAAUAUGGAGAAGGUGAUUUUUAAGAUUCUGAAGCGAAUCAGUGCUCUGAUCCACGCCGACAGAUGUAGCCUGUUCAUGUAUCGACAGAGGAACGGCAUCGCUGAGCUGGCUACACGUCUCUUCAACGUGAAUGAAAACUCUGAGCUGGACGAUUGCGUUGUGCCUCCAGACUCGGAGAUCGUCUUUCCUCUGGACAUCGGUAUAGUAGGAUACGUGGCUCAAACCAAGAAGCCAAUCAAUGUGAAGGAUGUUACACAGGACAGUCACUUCAGCUCAUUCGUUGAUGAACUUACUGAAUACACCACAAACAAUAUGUUGGCGGCACCCAUCAUGAAUGGAAAGGACGUCGUAGCCGUCAUCAUGGCAGUCAACAAGACUACUGGACCCCAUUUCACAGAUGAAGAUGAGGAUCUUUUUUUAAAGUAUCUAAAGGUUGGCUCUCUGAACCUGAAGAUUUUUCAUCUGAGCUACCUUCAUAACUGCGAAACACGAAAAGGACAGCUGCUGUUGUGGUCAGCUAACAAGGUGUUUGAAGAGCUCACAGACAUUGAACGACAGUUUCACAAAGCUUUGUACACAGUACGAGCCUAUCUCAACUGUGACAGGUACUCUGUGGGCCUACUGGACAUGACCAAGGAAAAGGAGUUCUUUGAUAUUUGGCCUGUGUUGAUGGGAGAGCAGGCACCCUAUUCUGGCCCAGUCACUCCAGAUGGAAGAGAAAUCAUUUUCUACAAGGUUAUCGAUUAUAUUUUGCACGGAAAAGAAGACAUCAAGGUCAUACCAAAUCCACCGGCAGAUCAUUGGGCUUUGGCUAGUGGAUUACCUACAUAUGUAGCGGAGAGCGGAUUUAUCUGCAACAUCAUGAAUGCAGCAGCAGAUGAAACGUUCGAAUUUCAGACGGAACCGUUGGAUAGCAGUGGAUGGACCAUCAAGAAUGUGCUGUCCCUCCCAAUUGUCAACAAAAAAGAAGAAAUUGUGGGCGUUGCAACUUUCUACAACAGGAAGGAUGGCAAACCAUUUGAUGACCAUGACGAACAACUCAUGGAGGCUUUGACACAGUUUCUGGGCUGGUCGGCCCUCAACACAGACACCUAUGACAAAAUGAACAAGCUGGAGAACAGGAAAGACAUUGCCCAGGACAUGGUGCUGUACCAUGUCAAGUGUCGAGAUGAUGAGAUUCAAAACAUCCUUAAAACAAGAGAAUAUUUUGACAGAGAACCAAGAGACUGUGAGGAGGAAGAGCUUUUGGAGAUACUGAAAAAAGAGCUGCCUGGCCCGAAGAAGUUUGAAAUCUACGAAUUCCGUUUCUCAGACUUUGACUGCACUGAACUGGAUCUUGUAACAUGCGGGAUCCAGAUGUACUAUGAAGUCGGAGUGGUUAAAAAGUUCCAGGUCCCUCAGGAGGUUUUGGUGAGAUUCAUGUACUCAGUCAGCAAAGGCUACAGAAGAAUCACCUACCACAACUGGCGCCAUGGCUUCAAUGUUGGGCAAACCAUGUUCACUUUACUCACGACAGGAAAACUGAAGCGGUAUUACACAGAUUUGGAGGUGAUGGCCAUGAUCACUGCCGGCUUCUUGCAUGAUAUUGACCACAGAGGAACAAAUAAUCUCUACCAAGUGAAGUCCCAAAAUCCUCUAGCAAAGCUGCAUGGAUCAUCCAUUCUAGAGAGGCAUCACUUGGAAUUUGGCAAAUUCUUGUUAGGCGACGAGUCAUUAAACAUCUUCCAAAACCUCAACAGAAGACAAACGGAGCAUGUCUUCCACCUCAUUGACAUUGCCAUUAUUGCAACUGAUCUUGCCUUGUACUUCAAAAAGAGAACGAUGUUUCAGAAAAUUGUGGAUCUCUCGGAGACAUACGAAGAACAGAAAAAAUGGGUGGACUUCAUGUCUCUUGAAACGACAAGGAAAGAAAUUGUAAUGGCCAUGAUGAUGACCGCAUGUGACCUCUCAGCUAUCACAAAACCAUGGGAGGUGCAGAGCAAGGUUGCCCUCUCUGUAGCAGCUGAGUUCUGGGAGCAGGGUGAUCUUGAGAGGACUGUUCUCGAGCAACAACCUAUCCCCAUGAUGGACAGGAACAAAGCCGCAGAGCUGCCAAAGCUUCAGUGCGGUUUUAUCGACUUUGUCUGUACUUUUGUCUACAAGGAAUUCUCUCGUUUUCACCCGGAGAUCCAGCCAAUGUAUGAUGGCAUUCUGAACAACCGGAAGCAUUGGAAAGAGAGGCAGGAAGAAUAUGAGGCAAAACUAAAGGCAAUGGAGGAGGCGGUCAAGGCCAGACAGGAAGCAGCUACCAAAAAUGCUGCAAACUCCAACAGCACCAGUGGAUCGGGAUCAGGAUCCAAGACCUGCUCCAUCUGCUAGAGAAAACACAACAAGGGCAAGGCAGCUUGGGAUGUAACCUAGCCUCUAAGUAGUACAUCACAUCAAGAUCACACUUAGGAUCCUCAAGAAUCUGAUCAGGAGUGAGUGGGAAAACGCUAUCAAACACACGUAUCGGAUCUUGUCUACAGUUAGCAUUACCGUUUCCUUCGGGUCAUAGUGUUUAAGCAUUUUCAUUGAAUGGUAAUCGGUUUCAAUUAAGCACAAUGUACUACAAGAAAAUGUAGGUUUUUUUUAUCCAUGAUGUUUUUUCCAAGGAUUUUAGUAUCACCUAGGGUUUAAUUUAGCUACUCAGUGGUGAUCAGCCGCUGUUUAAAAUCAAGCAGGUUCAUGACAAGUUUAAUCGAGGAAUCCAAAAAAUACGUACGAUACAUUGUCGUAAUAGCAAAAUAACCUUUUCUGUUUUGUAACUGCAAUAAUGUUGUCACCUCUCACUGCAUAUCAAAAAAACAAAGGCCAUUAUAUGUGAUGUAAUUUUUUCCCUCUAAAAAUAAUACUAAAUGUACAGCCGAAAGCUAGCUUUCAGGUCGCUAAAUGUGACAAGGUAAGUGCGCAGUAAGAUAUAGCUUCUAGUAAGCCAGACGGCAGAGUACAGUGGUUGUCAGAAGGUAUAAAGUUAGGGUUGUUUUUAUAGUUUGAGUUUCCUUCACUUAAGCCGACAGGUAAUACGCAAUUGUCCUUCAGGCUUAUUUACAUCAAGUGCUGUCAUGGGUGUGUUUUACCGAGCAAUGUCCCGUUACUCAGUGUCUCUGCUGCUGGGACAUGCGUUCAAAGAGAAAACUGAUUCCAGUGGCCUUGAUACCAUUCAUCUGUUCUCAGCUGACCCGUCAUCACACUGAACUUCAGGAAGUUUCAAGUUAUUGAACUCAUUUAAGUCCUUCAAUUCACGAACGUAUUCCACUUCAGGCAAUUCCGUUCUUCCUACUUCUGACUUCUUUGUAGGAAGUCUCUCUUUCACUGGUUGUCUGUAAACCAUCAGUUGUGAAUCGAAUUGUGUAAAUAUACGAAAUUAUUUGUAAAUCUUACGAGGUACGAUUUUACAUAGCGUUAAAGUAAAUACCACUAAGGUGUGUUUUAGCGCACUUAAUUUUACGAGCUUGUUACACAAAGCUGCUGCUUCUGUUUCAGAUUAUCAUAAAGGUUUAAUUUAAGUAGCGAAGGUUCGGGCGGUAGCAACUAAAUCGGAUGUUUAAAUCAAUUUAUCGGUGAGGGCCCAAUUAUAAGACUUUUUGAAUUUGACACAAAUGCGAUUUACUUGCAGAGCAAGUUUCAUCAUUUUUGAGACCGAUUUAAUUAUUUUGAUUCAUCAUUAAAUAAGAUGCUGUCAAACUAUCAAAAAUACGGUACCGAAUAUGGGUGAUUCCAAUUAAAUUGGUAAACAUUUUAAGCUUCACUUCUGUAUGCUCAAUACAAUGACAA